UGGAAACCGACUUGCAAGCUGGAGCUAAUCACAGAUACGAGCUCCUCUGGGUCCUCUUAAUUGCACUUGUUUUCGCACUAAUUAUACAGUCCUUGGCAGCAAAUCUUGGAGUAACAACAGGGAAGCACCUCGCCGAGCUGUGUAAAGCUGAGUACCCAAAGUAUAUCAAAUUCUGCUUGUGGUUGCUUGCAGAGGUGGCAGUCAUCGCGGCUGACAUCCCUGAAGUGAUUGGAACAGCCUUUGCACUCAAUAUACUGUUCCACAUCCCAGUGUGGACGGGAGUCCUUAUCACAGGAUUGAACACUCUUUUACUUCUCGGACUACAGAGAUACGGGGUUCGGAAACUUGAGAUUCUGAUAUCUAUGUUGGUGUCCGUCUUGGCGGCCUGCUACUUUGCAGAAUUGGGCUAUGUGAAACCCCCUGCAUCUGAGGUGUUAAAGGGAUUAUUUGUGCCCAGGCUCAAAGGCAGUGGAGCCCUUGCAGAUUCCAUUGCUAUGUUGGGACAAAAUGUCCCACCGCAUAAUUUAUUUUUGCAUUCAGCUCUUGUGCUUUCAAGGAAGACACCACCGUCCGCUAAAGGAAUCAAUAAUGCCUGUCGUUACUUCCUAUUGGAGACCGCAUUUGCAAUGUUCGUUGCGUUGCUCAUCAACAUCGCUGUUGUGUCCGUCUCCGGCACCGUGUGCGCUGCUGAUAGCCUAUCGCAAGAGAACUCGAACAGAUGCAACGAUCUCAAUCUCAACUCAGCAUCUUUUUUGUUCAAGAAUGUCUUGGGGAAAUCAAGCUUUGUAGUAUAUGCAAUUGCAUUGCUAGCUUCUGGACAAAGCUCCGCCAUUAGCUGUACAUGUGCUGGUCAAUACAUCAUGCAGGGAUUCUUGGACAUCGAGGCGAGGAAAUGGCUGAGGAACCUCGUGACACGGUGCAUCGCUAUCGUUCCCAGUCUUAUUGUCGCAAUCAUUGGGGGCUCUUCUGGAGCUGGACGGCUCAUCAUUAUAGCAUCGAUGAUUCUCUCUUUCGAGCUGCCAUUUGCUCUGAUCCCCCUUCUCAAAUUCAGCAGCGGCGGUACGAAGAUGGGACCUCACAAGAACUCAAUCUUC